CCGCGUGCGCCUGCUGUUGCCUGUGCUAGUGAGCGUCUUUAAAUAGUUUGCCAACAUCCAAAAUGUGAUCCGGUCAGUCCAUCUCCUGGUCAAAUAUAAGCAUGGCGGCGUGCCAACUGUUGCAAGGAAUCCGAACCGGCAGUCUGUCGCAAACUGGCCUCCCUUCUGCAUGUCCUCUCAUUAUUAUUAACCAUCGAUAGCUCAGUAGUUAUCAGCCUACCCACACACCUAUCCAACCUUUGUCGCCAGAACUCAACAUCUGAUCGGUUAUUGACAUUUCAAUCGCGAGCGUUGAACUUCACCAUGGGUUUUGCCAAUUAUUGUAGCACUAUUAUCGCGCCUAAUGUUUUGCACAGUGCUAAUCCAGUAUGCUAAUAAAAUGUGCGUUGUGUGAUCGGGAUUUUGCGAGACAGAUAUUGGGUGUUUUGUGUAAAACCACUGUCAACAGAAACUUUGAAAUUUCCAUCUCAACCGUCGUAGUAGCUACAAAAAUCUAAUUUAAACUGAAUCUGUGAACCCAGUGACCGUUACGUAAUGACUGUGCAAGUUCAAAAGACAUUCUUGAAACUGAGUGUGCCUGAAACUGGAAGAAUUUCUUGAUAUUCAUUGUUCUAGAAAAUCGAAUAAUGAUAAUUCCACACAUUUCUAUUUGUGUUUUUGAGCAGAAACAUUCCAGCCAGAAUUCAAUAACUUUUAGUUAACCAUCUUUCGUACCCCUAAACGACUUUUUCAUAGACUUGUUAAUUAUCCAAUCAUUCCUUGGCGUAUUUAUGGCUCUGCCGAAAUUCAAUUAAUUGUGUCUUUAUAUUCUGUUAUCAACUCACAUUUCAAACCCUCUUUAACAAAGUAAACUCCACUUCAUUACGGAAUCCUAAUUCAGUUUUUGAAAUGUUGUAAACGUUUCUUUGUAAAAAAUCCUUCAACUUAGUGAUAAAACACCUGCUUUGAUGGCCUAUCUAGUUGAUCGAUCUCAGUCUACAAAUAAUGAUACAUUCAAGAACUUUUCCUGUUAUGAAGUCCACCCUCCAACCAUUCUUAUAUUGAAUGAUUUUUUCGUUAGUCAUUUUUCUGGCUUCAUUUUUUUAUGUUGUCCAGGAAUAGUUAAUUAAUUCUCUUUGUAAAUUAUUAGUCUCGAUAAUUGAUCAACAAUUUUCAUAGUAGGUGUAUCCCGAUAUAAUCGGGAUACUUUCUUUGAACCUGGUUGACUUAUUUCAAUUUCGUGAUACUCUUGGAAGCUUUUGGACAGUAUAUAAUGUAUAUUACUGGAAUCAACCGUAUUAUGAUUUGUAAUAGUACUUGACUAAAGCAUUAAAUUUGAAACCAUUGUUGAACUUUGAAACAACUCGAAAAAACAAUUCUAUGUAUUCUCCUUUGAAAUGGAACCGAACCGUAAAUGAUAAGCUACAAUUUUGUCAGACCCUAGCAUUAAGUGAUUACGUUAGUAUAAUAUGAAAGAUCAAAUCGAUUGAUGAAAUAGAACACUGAUUUUAUUGAAGUAGAAAUUUAUUGUAAUCAUUACAAUUUCCUCAGACUUUUAUUGAAAGUGAAAACAUUGGAAAACAUUGAAACACUAAUUUUAAAUGGAUAAUUUUCAGGAACUGUAACUGGUUACUGGUUCUUGGUGAAAGACCUGAGUGGAAUGUCUUUAAAAGACAUGCACAUUUAUUUUAUCAUUUGUAAACGACCUUUCAUCAAGAUGUAGAUAUACAGAAUUCAAAUGGACGUGGGUUAUCUACAACAUAUUUUUGACAUGGACUUGGAGUGGCUAGCUACAGGUAUUCGAGCUGAUGAUUCUCAACGUAUUGUAGUUGCCAAUUGAUAGCAAUGCAAUGAACAACAACACAAACAGCAACCAGGAGAGGUAUCCAUUGAUAGAGCAGGAAUGGUCGGUGCAUGCCCAGUUGACGUUCACACACAGUCCUGGCGAGGAGGUGCAUGUGUCGGGGGGAGGGGCAGGGGUGCACCCCUGCUAUGGCUUCCGUCGCGGCAACAUAUUCUUCACAACCAGUCCUCCACCCCCGCCCGCCAACUACGGCAGUCUGCCGGGCUCCCACCGGCGCACGACACAGCCCUACAACCGGCGCUGCAUGAGCACCUGCAACAUCGUCCUGGGACACACGUCUCCGCCGCCGGCGUGCCGCCAUCACUCGACGAUGGACGCGUGCGACAUCUGCGCGGGCGGCGGUCGCGCAUGCCGCCAUCACUCGGUUGCCAUGUCGACGGACGCGUGUGACAUCUGUGCGGGUGGCGGUCGUAGUCCCACUUCAGCGCGGCGCGCGCACACCUUCACGUCGCACUUCUGCACGCGUGUGCCUGACAAGACGCCUGCCGUCACCUCUAGUCGAGACGCCGCUUCGCAGACGUCAUGCGCCUCCAUCUGCGAGAAGGAUACCCUGCAGUUGCCCAACACCGCUGCACAGGGUGCAAAACGUUUGAGUCGAUCUCCAGCGCGGCUCAGAGGCAAAUCACCACUAGUAAACAAACAAAAGGGAGAACCUCUGCAGUCAUCCACUGACAGUUGUUGCUAUAGGAAAUCACAGAAGAAACAACAACAACCGCCCAAGACUGUUCACAUUGAUGUCUACUGCACUGAGUCCGAACAGAGUGGAUUCGGUUCGUCAGAAGGUGAAGAUUCGCCUCAAACAGUCUACGAGAAUGAUAAGAUGAGAGUAGUUCACAAAAGAGAGAAAGAGAGACUACCACAAGCUAUAGUGAGACAAAAACGGAGAACACUGAGUGAGACAUCUAUGUCUUCGUUGUAUCCGUCAGUGAGAAGCUCAACAGUGUCAGUUGGCCCAAGUAUCAGCGUAUGUCCGAGCUCUCAAACGAAUUCAAACUCUGGUAUCACGUCGAUGACAUCCAGCUGUGCGCUGUUCAGUGAUGACUCACUGGCUGCCACCUCUUGGAAAGAUACCACCACUGAGAUGGAGUCACUUCGCCAGAGCGACAUCAGUCUCACUAAAACCGAAAGUUUCGAGUAUGAGGAUUUUGCCGAUAGGCUGAGGAUAAGGGAGAAGGAGAAAAAGUGGGCGGCUUGUGAUGAAGGCAAAACAUGGAGGUCACCGGAAACUGAAAGAAAACAUUUGUUGCAGCAACAAAAGUGUCAACAGUAUGUUCAGAGGAGAGGAUCACCUUUCCCCCGAUGGAAACCCGACGACUCGUCCGAGGAAUCCGAUCAUAGUUCGUAUAGUGAGAUGGCGUGGAGUUUUGGGAGACUGGAUGAACUGACUAAAAGAAUCAGUCCCACAGUAAAACGAGAAGACACGGUUAAGAGAAGUUGUGUCGAUCGGAAAGUGUUGUUGAAGCGCAGUGACUCGGGCAGUCUGAGCGACUCGGGUGCCGUCAGCUGUUCGUCGACUCGAACCAGGGACACGAUUGGCCCGUUCGGCAAAAAGCCUGACUCGCCUCCAAAACACAAACUCGAUUCAGUGGUUGUGUCUCCGUUUGCACCAGCUGUGACUGGUGCCGAAUCUGAUUUCCUGUCUAAAGCGAGGAAGUUUGGAACGAUAGUCGAUGGAUUCAGGAAGCCAGGCCACCAUGUAGGCCCGUCCAAAAACCCCGACUGUCUGUGUGAGAACUGCCAGCGGCAUUACAAAGAGCGAUGGCUUGUGAGCAGAGGGAGAGCGCGCUCGCUCGGCAACGAAGCAUCCAACCAGCGAGACCGCCUCAAAGCCACUCUCCACAGCGUCAUCCAAAGUAAACAGCCUGAGACAAUGCAAGAAUUCGCCGCCGAAAAUGAUUCCUCUUGUGUCUAAAUCUAAAACAACUCUGACAUUCGCUUCAAUCUCUAGUGAUGCUUUAGUAACGAUGUGAUUUCGCCGAUAGCUUAUCUUGGUAAAAUAUGUUACUCCCACUCCCUUUAGCUCAAUUUCUGGAAUUCAACAGACUAAUAUAGACGUCAUUCUAUGAGUUGAAUUAUAUUUAUACUUUAUAUAGUCUAGUAAUAAUAAUGAUUUUUAGAAAAUAUUUGGCUCUGCUUCUUUUAACAAAGCAGUGACUUAUCCAUGAUCAAGGAAACAUCUAGUUAUCUCUGAAAUUGAACCUAUUACAUGUGUACAAUUGAAAUUAAGAGACAAUGUAAUAUUAAAACCCAAUAUAGGAAACAAACUACGAAAAUUAUAUGUUCUUUAAUCUAAUACGUUUAUCUAACACGAGAACAUCGUAUUAUAUCAUUGUAUUUUUCUUUUUGAGAUAGAAGACUUGAUUAGAUAUUGGACUUAUAAGAACAUUAUUUUAGUGAAGAGGAAUGUGCUGCUGAAUCUACCCAAAAUUAUCCAAAUGAUUGUCUUAAUCCACUGCAUUUACGAACCAUUAUGUAUUUCUUGCUCAACCCAUUAAAAUAAUGUUUUUCCACUGUUCAA